AUGGAGGACCAUGACAGGAGGCAGAGUACUCUCACUAUCCUUUCGUGGAAUGUGAAUGGAUUCUCAGGUAAAAAGUCCAGUGUUCUGGAACACCUAAGGCUCCUGAAACCCGACAUGAUUUUUCUCCAAGAGACUCACCUGGGUCCAAGCAAAGAUCUUCCACCAGGGAGCAUUAAAGUUCAAGAGCUGGGACAUGAUUACCUUUGGGCGGUGUUCACUGUCUACAGAGCAAACAGUCGAGGGGUCGGGGUGCUGUUCAGAAGAGAUCUGUGCUGUGAGGGUCUUAGAGUUACUGGGGAUAAAAAGGGCAGAUAUAUGAUUGUUAACUGUCAAAUACGGGGGGAGGAUUUUGUCUUUGUCAAUAUCUAUAACCCGGGUGAUGAGAAGAUUGAAUUUGACAAGGACUGCGAUUUCUCAAUCAGCCCACCAGACUCGGGUCUCUUGGUGGUAGCUGGGGACUUCAACACCGUCCUUGAAGCUGACCUGGACAAGGAAUCAGACAGCAAGAACAAAGGUCAUCGUGACCGGGCAAGAGGUCUUAUGCGUUUCCUCAGGAAUUUCGAUUUGAUGGAUGUCUGGAGAUGCCUCCAUCCAGAGGAGAAAAACUUCACUUACUUUGGCGCAGCAAAUAAAGGCAUAUCAAGGUUAGAUUAUUUUUUUGUCCCUGAUAAGACCAUGGGGAGGGUGGCAGCCUGUGCGAUUCAUGCUAGACCUCAAUAUUCAGAUAGACAGGACUAUAUUUCAGACCACGCACCCAUUUCUAUACAAAUACGGACAGGAAACAAGAGGUGGCAGUUUGAUAGCAGCUUGCUUGGGGAUGAAAGUUGCAUGGCUCAUUUUUCAUGCAUGCUCAAAAACUUCUCGAGAAAGAAGAUAAAGAGAAAGAGGGAUCUUUGGAUGGGCUUAAAGCUGAGGUUGGGAUGUGAGGAAACCGCCUGGAAGAGGAGGAGAAAAGAAAAGAAAGGAGAGGAGAAGGAGAGAAGACAAGUCCUAUGUGCAGGAAAAUUGACUGGAACAGAAUCCAAUGAAAUCAUGCCAGUGUUGCAGAGUGGGCAAUUAGGGGAGUAUAGUGGUCCAGCUUUAUCAGUUAACUCAGAAACUCAUCAGUUACCUUCUCCCAGCUGUAACCUUGAUCUUCAGGUCUAUUUGGACAAACUCUACAAAACAAGGAAGUUUGAAGAGCUCCAAUCCAUCAACAAUGAGGAAAGAAUUCGAGGUAUAGAAAUGGGAGAGGGCAAAGUGGUGAAGGCACUGACUGACUCAGACACAGCUGUUGUUUUCCUUACGAAUCCAAGUGAUGCAGAGGAGGUUUUUGAAGAUAUACUGACAGAUUUCAUGACAAAUUCUGGAUUCACUGUCGAUGACACACAUUCAGAGAUUUUCAGCAUUGGGUUUCCAGAAUCCAGUUUGCGUUCUGAGAAUCUAAAGAGGUUCAAGCAGACAUCACAUGGGUUUUGGUUCCAGGGCUACUUUGUAGGCUCUGUGUCUGGAUUUGAUUAA